AUGCAGCAGAAGGCGAAAACAUUCAUAGAGGAGAUUAUGGGAUGCUCAACUUUGAUUGUAAAUGGAGGGUCUUUUGGGGGCAGGCUGAAAUACGAGCUGGAAAAAAAGGGCGCUGGUAAGGUGUUCGAGAUUUACACGGAAGAUUAUACAGAGGACAGGAAUCUGCUGUAUAAAGCAUGCCUGCACGCGAUUGCAUCUGCAAUAGACAGAAAGCAGCACUAUACAGACUACUCAAUGCGGAUUGAGGGCUCUGCCAGGAUAGACUGGAGCGAUAUCAGAAAGCGCGUGCAGGAGAGGGCAGAGAGAAUGCACGGGGAAAGAAAGCCUAAGGCCCGGGGCUUGGUGGAGGAGAAAGAUGGCAAGGUGUACAUUGACGGGAGGAGGUGUGCGUCCAAGAGCGUUGUAAUAGUGGAGAGCCAAAAAAGCAGCGCGCCCACGUUCAGCAAUGUCUGGAUCUGGCUAGCUGAGCAGGAGGGGGUUCCAGGCUGCGUCUUUGUCCAGGGAAACAACAAGCAUGCCGUAGAAGCUGCGUCGAUUCUCUCUGAUCUGGGGAGCAAAGUCUAUCUUGCAACACAGAAAAAAGAGCUGCUUUGCGACUAUGAGAAAAAUAUUCGCGAGUCUGUGAAAACUCUUCUCCUGGAAAAAGGGGUUGUUAUUUUCUUCGAGAGCAGCGUGAAAAGCGUGAGCACAGAAAAAAAGACAAGCAUUGCUGUUGAAAUGUGCACCGGCGCCGAGCAGAACAUUUCUGGCAUAGACUUGUUCCUGGCCGAGGCAGAGUAUGCAGAGACAGAAACAACAGCAGAGGGGCAGACUGUGGUAAGAGUGGCGGAGCCUAGGCAAAAAAUUGGCAUGGCUGAAGUCUCUGUUCUGCGGAAAAUAUGCCCCGGAAUUUUUCCAGAAGGCGAGCAGUACAUGCCGUUUGUGCCUAGUUUUGUGUACACAAGCCCCCCUGCAGCCUCUGUGGGGUACACUCAGGAGGAGGCCGAAGAACUUUUUAGUGGCGUGCGAGCGGCAAAUCCAAAGUUCCGAGGCCUGUUCUAUGCCGUUUGCAGCCAUAAGGUGCCGACAGACUAUAAGCUUGUCUUUGCCAGCUUCUCUGAGGGCCACUUGCGGAAAGAAAAAAUAGUUGGCAUGCAUCUGUUCGGGCCUGGAAGCAUCGACGCAAUUAAGGGGUUUAUAGGGACCUUCCACUGCGACAUAUCGCUUGAAGAGAUUUUGAAAACCAUCCCGAUACACCCAACGUCGUCCGAGGAAAUAAUAACAGGAUAG